GAAGGGAAAGUUCGAAAAUGGCGGCGCAGCCCCGCUGCUCCUCGGGAGGACAAUAGAAACGCGGACGGACCCAGUUCUAGACGCCCCACCGGCCCUCACCACCACCUCCGAACCGGCCCGGCUCCCCGCUGGCCUCGCCCUCGGGAUUAACCCCGGUUCCAGCCAGAACCCGGCUCGUUUCAGCCGCUUUGGGGCUCGUCGUUAGCGCGGAUCAGCUGUUUCUGGAUGCGGGACGCAAACAAAACACCUCCAGAACAAGUGGAUUUAAACCCCGGACCGAGCCGUUCCGAGCUGCUCGAGUUCCCACAUGAGAAACUGUUUCGAAUUCCGAACCGGGACUAUGAGUUGUGUUGGUAUCAGUGAAGUUUGAUCGGCAGAAGUUGUUAGCCGGUUUAGCUCCGUCCCGCUAGCGGGGCUGAAGUUUGGGCACUAGUGCCGCGUUCCAUUUGUCCUCGGAAGUCGGAAUUUCCCAGCUCCUAGUCGGAAUUUUCAACUGGAACGCCCCGCGAAGUGGGAUUUCCUACUGGGAAAGUGGGAGAAGCUUCACCACCUCCGAGUUACCAUUCCAUGAUGGCUGCCAUUCCCAGUUCCCACUUCCGAUUUCCGAGGUAAAUGGAACGCGGUAUUUGGUUGUGUGAGAGGUCGCUGCUGGAGGAGUGAGAGCCGGCCUGGACUGGACCCCCCCGGACCGAGCCCUGCAGCCCUGCAGCUCUGCAGCCCUGCAGCCCCGGGGCCCCCGGCCCCUCCAGCCCCGCCAGGGCCGUCUGGACGGCAGAACUUUCAGCCCUCUGAGUGCAGGAAUGUGCUAAGUUCGGUGACUUCAGAAAAACGAGAUUAAUGUGGUAAAAUCAGGUCCAAAUGGGCGGGAAGUGGCGGGUCCGCGGGCCCGGCAGGUGUUGACCGGACCCGGUGAAGCAGCAGCAGGUUCGGGUCCUCCCCCGGCAGAGCGAGACAAAGGUCGCCCCCAGGAUGGAGCCAGCAGCGCCGGGCUCGCUGUGAUCCGGGAAUCAGGCGUUUGUAUCUGGAGCAGAGCCGAGCCCAGCCCCCCCGGGGAUGGCGGACUUCGACACGCCGCGGCACAACGCGGUGAUGGAGCGGCUGCGCCGGCGCAUCGAGCUGUUCCGGCAGCACCACAACAGCUGCGAGAGCCGCUACGGCGGAGCCGCGCUGGAGCGGCUGGAGCUGGACCGGCAGCAGACGCUGCAGCUGCACCAGCGCUGCCUGCAGACCAAGGCCAAGCGGGCCGGCAAGACCCGCCAGGCCGGCGGGGGUGGAGGCGCUGCCGGCGGGGACCCGGCGGGCCAGAGGGCGCCGGGAGGUGGAGGAGGCGGUGGAGCCGGAGGAGGAGGCGCGGAGCCCGGGGAACCGGCGGAGCAGAGCCGCAACAGCACGCUGAUAGCGCUGCAGGAGACGGUGAAGAGGAAGCUGGAGAGCGCCGGUUCUCCGCUGAGCCGGGACCAGGUCAACGGCUACGGCGACGGCUUCCCCCCCAGCAAGAAGUCCUGCCUGGACAACGGCACGGCCAACGGCUCCCCCCUGGACUCCAAGAGCGGCGUCGUGGGCGAUGCGCUGGGCUCCAACGGGACGCACGGCCCGCCGGGGGAGCCGGGCGACGCCGGCGCCGAGUCCGGCUCCGACUUCCACCGCAAGGAGAUGAAGCAGGAGCCAGAGGACAUCCAGCCCAUAAUGCCCCCGGCGAUGGGCGGCAACAUCAGCCUGUUCCCGGAGCUGAACCUCAACGAGCAGGAGUGGAAGGAGCUGAUGGAGGAGCUCAACAACUCGGUGCCCAUCGACGACAUCCAGGACAUCAUCAGCGACACCUUCGGGGACAGCAAGGACCGUCUGGAGCUGGCGGCGCCCCCCGGGGGGGCCGAGGCCGGGGCCACACAGGGCUUGACUAACGUGAAGGCGGAGUUUUCUCCGGCCCCGCCCGUUUUCGAGGACUCCCGCACCGGCUCCCCCCAUGUCAGGUCCACGUCCUCGGGGCCGCCCCCCCACCCCACAAGCUCCCCCGCGGCCGCCUCCUCGGCCUCGUCCCCCGCCCUGCCCUCGUCCCAGCCGGCCCCGCCCCCCCGGCAGCUGCAGCCGCCCCCCAACCACCUGAUCCCGCCGGGGCCCAAAGACCUGUCGCCGGCGCAGCAGCUGCAGCAGCUGGCGGCGCAGCAGCAGCGGGCGCAGCACCUGCACGGCAAGAUGCAGCACAAGCCGCCGCCGCCGGGGGCCAAGUUCCACCAGCAGGGGCCCCACCCUCACCCGCCCUGGCCCCCCAUGGCCAACGCCUCCCAGGGUGCACUGGGGGGCUCGUACGGCAUGGACAAGCCGACCAGCCCCUCGCUGUACCCCCAGGACUUCAACCCCCCCACCCAGAAGCAGCUGCUGAUGCCGGCGCAGGCCAAGAGCGCCCCCAAGACGGGGCCCGGCGGCUACCACCCCAACAUGAUGGGCCAGCUCAGCGCGGGGCUGCCGCUCAGUCACCCGGGCGCCGCGGCGGCGGGCGGGGCCCCCGGCGGCAUGCUGAGCUACAGCAACACCAAACCGCUGUCGCACUUCGAGGUGCCAAACAACCAGAACAAGGAGCCGCUGCUGGCGCUGAUCCGGCAGCAGCAGCUGAAGACCAAGGGCGGCAUGGGCUUCCCCCCACACAUGCAGGACCAGAACUACAGCGCGCCCCCCCACGGGCCCGGUACCAACGCCAUGGCCCCCGGGCCCAGGAACAACCCCAUGGCUGCCCAGGCGGGGCCCAAUGCCAUGGCCAGUAACCAUGGCAACGCCAUGGCCGGUAACCACGGCAACGCGGCGUACCUGAGCAGCCAGGCGGCGGCGCUGAAGCACCAACAGCAGCAGCAGCAGCUCCUGGAGCAGCAGAAGAAGCAGCAGCAGUUCCUGCAGCAGCGGCAGCAGCUGCUGGCCGAGCAGGAGAAGCAGCGGCAGCAGCAGGACCAGCAGCUGCAGCGGCACCUGACCCGGCCGCCCCCUCAGUACCAGGACCAGACGGGGCCGCCGGCCAACCAGAACCCCUUCCCCCAGCAGCCCGGCCAGUUUACAGCUUCCAAUCAACCAAUCGGCAACGGAGGCUCCAUGCGAGGCCCCGCCCCCGGAUCCCGCAUGUUCUCUCAGGCCCAAGGCAUGCUGGGUAUGAGCCUGGGCCAGGGGGGCGGGCCCGGCGGCGGCGUGGCCCCGCCCCCGGCGGUGAGCCAGUCCGACAUCAGCAUGUCGUCCUGCGGCGGCGGCGGGGGCGGAGCCGGCGUGGAGGUCCUGUACAACAUGAACAUGCACCCGGGCCACGCCCCCCAGGGGGCGGGGCUGCAGCGCCAGCCGCUGGGGGGCAUGAGCGCCGCCUACCGGCAGAACCUGCUGGCCCAGCAGCACCUGAAGACGCAGCCCAACGCCGCCAUGCUGAAGCAGCAGCAGCAACAGCAGCUGGCUGCCGCCCGCCUGCCCACCGCCAUGGGGGCGGGGCUAGUGCCGGGGGGGCAGGGCGGCCCCUGGCAGCAGCAGCAGCAGCAGCAGCAGCAGCUGGCCGGCCAGCCCCCCAACGCCUUCAGCAACUCCAACGCCUUCCACAUGCAGCAGCCGCGCAUGUCCAAGAUGGCCGCCGGCGCCGUCCCCUUCGGCCCCGGCGGUGGCGGCCGGCCCCUGGCGGCGCUAAACCCGCGCCAGCAGCAGAUGAUGCAGCAGCAGCAGCAGCAACAGCAGCAACAACAGCAGCAGCAGCAGCAGCAGCAACAACAGCAGCAGCAGCAGCAGCAGCAGCGGGCGCCGCCCACGGCUCAGCAGCAGCAGCAGCAACAGCCGGCCAACCAGAGCCAGCCGGGGCUGCCGGACCUGGUGGCGUUCGGGCCGGCAGGCGGCGGCGGGCGCCAGGCGCUGCAGUGUAACCAAGGUUACCAGAUGAGCCGCGGCGGCGGCCAGCAGCAGCAGCAGGUGUCGUUCGGCUACAACGUGGAGGCCGGGAGCUUCGCCGCCGAGAGCGAGCUGGUGGACUCGCUGCUGAAGGGCCAGAGCUCGCAGGAGUGGAUGGCCGAGCUGGACGAGCUGCUCGCCAACCACCAGUAGCGGGCCAGGCCCACAGCCACGCCCACGUCUCAGCUCGGAGAGGGCCGUUUCCUGGUGGACUUGGACCGGCCAGAACCGCCACGGCACCACGGAGGAACCCGAGGAGCCGGCGCCGACCCGGCUCCGCACUGGACGGUGAACGAGGGGGUCCUGGACCCGGAUCCCUUCAAAAACCAGUCCGUUUAAGAGCGACCCGCUCGGCGUGGACCUGCAGUCCUGGUGGGACGGGAACCGGGGUUCCAGGUUCUCCUCCGCCAGGUGUGUGGUUCUGAGAGACGGGUCGAGACUACUUCUGAACCACUGUACCCGCCCCCACGGCGCCGGCCGCGCCCCCAGAACCCCAGAACCCCCUCCAGCUGCAGGUUUUAGUACCGAUACGGUCCGUGUAUUUCGCGGCCAUCCGUUUUUUGUUUUGAAAUUACAAAAUAAAAAUAGAGAAAUAAUACAAAAUAAUCCGUUCCCCAUCUUUUGUUUUGAUAAUAAAAAACGGAAAACGAAUCGUUAUCCGUUAUCCUAUUUCUUUGAUGUGUUUGAAAAUCCAUAUUGGGAAUUAAAACAGCGAGUGGAAAACUCUUCUCUAUUUCCUAUUCGUUACC